GUGAUAGAUCUGAACGACAACCGACCACAGUUUGCACAGAAGAAGUACGAGGUAGAGAUCCCAGAAGAGGCGCCCAUUGACACGCUGGUCACCAGGGUAACCGCAUCCGAUGUGGACGAGAACAGCCGCCUCUUCUACUCCAUCGACUCCAGCACCGACCCUGUCAGCAUGCAGAAGUUCCGCAUCAACCCUCGCACAGGUGAAAUCUACACAGCCUCUCCUUUGGACCACGAGACCAAGGACCAGCACAUUCUGACCAUCAUGGCUAAAGACCAGGAUGUCUCUGUGAUGCGCAACUUUGUCCGCGUCGUCAUCAAUGUUAAGGACUCCAACGACCACCGCCCCAUAUUCAGUGCGCAGGAGUACACUGGCGGGGUGUACGAAACCGCCGCGUACGGCACAUCUGUGGUGCAAGUGGUGGCGACCGACCGAGACAGGGGCGCCAACUCCGAGCUGACGUACACCAUAGAAACAGGGAAUGUUGGUAACGUGUUCAGCAUUGACGAGACAUUAGGAAUCAUCACGGUCUCCAAGCAACUGGAUCGCAGCGCUCUGAGUCAGUACCACUUGACGGUGAAGGUCCGAGAUAAUGGCAACCCCCCACUGAGCUCCACCGUACCCAUACACAUCGGAGUCACCAUCUCCAACAACGCUCCGCCAAAGUUCGAUGCCAAGGAGUACGCCAUCGAGGUCAGUGAGAACGCAAGGCUCGGAUCCCUCAUCGUCAUGCUUGGUGCGACAAGCCGCUCCUCCGUAACCUACGAGAUCAUCGGCGGCAACACCGACGGCAGUUUCGACGUGAAUCCAAACUCUGGCGUCAUCACCUGCAAGAAACAGCUGGACUACGAAAGGCAGACGUCCUACAACCUGACUGUGCAGGCCACCAACAUGGUCAGUCUGAGUUCAACAGCAACAGUCCUGGUUCACAUUGCAGAUGAGAAUGACAACCCUCCCGUCUUCUCACAGUCGGAGUACAUUGGCAGCAUCAGUGAAGCAGCCACCAUUGGUAGCGUCGUCCUAGACGUGAACAACAUUCCUUUGGUCAUCGCUGCAACAGAUGCAGACAAUGAACUGAAUUCCCUCCUUGUGUACGAAAUCAUUGAGUCCGCAGCUCAGAAGUAUUUCUCCAUCGACUCCAAUACUGGAGCUCUACGCACCAUCCGUACACUUGACCAUGAAGACAUUGCAGAAUUCAGGUUCACGGUGCAAGUCUCUGACACAGGGAACCCACCACUGAAGGCGGAAAAUCCUGCAAACGUCACCAUCAAGGUCUUGGAUGUGAACGACUCUCCACCCACCUGUACACAAGAUAUCUACGAAGCCACUCUCCUGCUCCCAACAUACAAAGAUGUGGCCAUUGUAACGGUCGAGGCAGAAGAUGCAGACACGGAAGCCAACACGCAGCUCAGCUAUGUCCUAACCAUGGGCAACGAAGACAAGAAAUUCAGCAUCAAUAAAGAUACCGGUGUGAUAACCAUUGUGAACACCACCGGGCUGUUUGACCGGUAUGAGCUGUCUGUACGCGUGGGAGACGGGAAGUUCCACACCUCCUGUAUCAUCAGGAUAGAGGUGAAGAGAACUGUCAUGAGUGGGCUGCGCUUCACCGAAGAGUCCUACUUCUCUGAAGUGACAGAAAACUCCACGGAGGUCAAGACUGUUGCCAUAGUGACUGCAGUUGGAAACCUGCUGAACGAACCCCUGGAAUACAAGAUCCUCAACCCGAAUAACAUGUUCGAAGUCAGCCCCACAUCUGGGGUGCUGCGUACCCUCGGGAUACCCUUCGACAGGGAGGAGAAAGAGAAGUAUGAAAUCGUCAUCGAAGUCCGGGACAAGAGAUCGACCCCCAGAGUGGCGCAUGUGGUUGUGUUCGUGACCAUAGCAGACAUUAACGACAAUGCUCCUGUCUUUGUCAACCUGCCAUACUAUUCUGUGGUUCAGGUCGAUGCAGAGCCAGGAACACCCGUCAGAACUGUGACUGCAGUGGACAAGGAUGCCGGGAAGAAUUCGGAGAUCAGGUAUUCCCUGGACUCCGGCGCACACAAACGUUUCCGCAUCAACAGGAAGACAGGACAGAUCAUGGUGAAGCAACCUCUGGAAAAGGACGACACCAACAAGGAGUAUCACCUGGUUAUCAUAGCUGAGGACAAAGGUAACCCACCGCUGAGUGCCAGGAUCGAAGUGCCUGUGACUGUGAUGAACAAAGCCAUGCCUGUGUUUGAGAAGCCUUUCUAUGCAGUCAGCAUCCCAGAGAACAUCCAGCUGCACACCCCUGUCAUCAACAUCAAGGCAGCCAGUCCUGAUGGGCUCAAACUCAUCUAUUCCAUAACCGACGGGGAUCCCUUCAAUCAAUUCAACAUUGAUUUCGACACUGGGGUCAUAAAUGUUGUUGGCUCGCUGGACUAUGAAACCAAGCAAAACUUCCGUCUUACUGUCCGCGCCACUGACUCCCGAAGCGGAGUCGAUGCUGAGGUGGUGGUGGACAUCACCGUCCAGGACAUCAACGAUGUUGCUCCCGUCUUCGAAAAACCAUCAUAUGAAGCUACCCUGUCUGAAGCUGCUGCAAUAGGCACGACGGUGAUCAAAGUCAGUGCCACCGAUCUGGAUUCUGGUGUGAAUCAGCUGAUGUAUUACCAGAUCUUACAGGAUGAAAGCAACUCUACAGACUACUUCCAUAUUGACACAUCCAGUGGGCUAAUCCUGACAGCACGUAACCUUGACCACGAGAAGAUUGAAAAGCACGAUUUCACCGUACGAGUCUCUGAUGGCGGCAUGCCUUCACUAAGCAGUGAGGUCCAUGUCAUUGUCACUGUGCUAGACCUGAAUGACAAUGCUCCACAGUUCGAUCAGCCGUCCUACGAUUGCAUGAUUAGUGAGCUGGCACCUAGAGGCCACUUCGUCACCAAAGUCUCUGCAUCAGAUGCUGACAGCACCGACAACAACCGCCUGGUGUACGCCAUCGUCUCUGGGAACGAGCAGAUGAACUUUGUCAUCGACCCGAAGACUGGGAUCGUCUCCAUGUCGAACCUGAGGAAACGAGAGCUGGACCCGACGUACACGCUCAACGUCUCCGUGUCAGAUGGAGUCUUCACCAGUUCAGCUCGUGUGGCCGUGGUCGUACAGAGCGCCAACACCCAUUCGCCCGUCUUCAGCCAGCUGAACUACGCCGUCUCCUUCGAUGAAAACAACCCGAGAGGCACGUAUGUUGUCAUGGUAACCGCCACAGAUGAAGAUGCGGGUGCAUAUGGAGAAAUUUCCUACUCUAUCGCCAGUGAGAAGAUCAACCAGCUGUUUGAGAUUGACGCUGAUACAGGUCAAAUAUACAGCAAGAUGGCCCUAGAUAGAGAGGAUGAGAACCAGCGUAUGAUCAUUGUUCCUGUGGUGGCCAGCGACCAGGGUGGACGUGUGUCCUUCUGUAACGUCACAGUCACCCUCACAGACAAGAACGACAAUACACCUCAGUUUGAGCUAGCUUCAUACCAGGCCAACAUCCCCACUGAUGCAGAAGAAGGUGCUGAAGUCAUUCAGGUUAAUGCCAUUGAUCAAGAUAUUGGGACAAAUUCCGACAUUGCAUACUCCCUUUACGAUGAUUCUGACACAACCGCUGCAGUUGUGAAGUUGUUCAGUGUCCACUCAGAGACAGGUAUGAUCACCACAAGGCAGAAGCUGACUGGAAAAGAGGGCAAAGCCUUCCAGUUCUUUGUACAAGCUACGGAUGGAGGCAACCCAACAAGGACAUCCAGCGCUCCUGUGGAAAUCCUCAUCCUUGGUCCCGAUGACAUCCCUCCCUACUUCGACCCAACUGUCCAGCACCUCUACUUUGUCAGUGAAGAGAUGCCAGUUGACAGUGAGGUAGCAACCGUUGUGGCAGACACCAACGACACUGUGAAAUACAGCAUAGUAGAGGCAGAUGGACCCAAUAGUAACAAGGACAACACUUUCAGAAUCGAUUCAGAGAAUGGUGUUAUCUAUGUCAACAAGGAGCUGGACACAGAGACCACUGCCUGGUAUUCAUUAAAGGUUCAGGCAGAGACUCUAAGCUCGCCUCCUCUGUUGGCUUUUGCUGAUGUCAGCAUUCAGGUCAAGGAUGCAAAUGACAACAAGCCCAAGUUUGAUUCCAAGCCCUACAAGAUCACGCUUCCCGAGAAUGCUUCUGUUGGUACGAGCGUCAUUCAAGUCCACGCUUUUGACCCAGACCAGGGUGCUAAUGGAGAGAUUGUCUACGGUUUUGCGUCAGACUCCAAUGCUGACGAAAUGUCGGACUUCUUCACCAUUGACAGCGAAUCUGGGUGGGUCACCACGUUGGUGCCCCUUGACCGUGAGAUGAUGUCAUCGUAUGCAUUUGGCGUCACUGCAACAGACAAGGGUGAGCCCAAACAGCUGAAGGACACCACCCUGGUACAUGUGACAGUGGCAGAUGUCAACGACUCGCCCCCGACAUUCCGAUCAUCCACCUACCAAGGCCAGGUGCGUGAGGAUGCUCUCCCAGGCACCAUCGUAAUCACGGUCAGCACUCGAGAUGCCGACAUUGGGGACAACACCAUACCAACCUACUACAUCACUGGUGGCGACCCACAGGGACAGUUCAACAUUGAACGCAAGACUGGGAAGGUGUAUGUGAAUGGGCCGCUGGAUCGGGAGACAAAGCAGCUGUAUGUGUUGAACAUCACUGCCACAGACGGAGCCUUCACCGCCAUGGCAACAGUCAACAUAGACGUUCAGGAUGUCAACGACAACAGCCCCAUCUGUGAACAGUCAAGGUAUACGGCCAGUAUCUCGGAAGACAUCACACCGCAGACGUUUGUGAUGGAAGUCCUGGCACGUGAUCCUGACCAGGGCAUCCACUCCCAAAUCACAUACUCACUGGAUGGAGUCGGUGCAGACAAAUUCCUGUUGGACAAGGAUACAGGUGUCCUGAUGACAGGAGCACCACUAGACCGGGAGGAAACGCCCGUCUACACCCUGGGCGUCACCGCCAAGGACGGCGGCGGCAAGUCCUGCUACACCGAACUCACCAUCAACCUGAUCGAUGUGAACGACAACCCGCCCAAGUUUGAAAAGCAGCAGUACCUGGUCCCAGUGUAUGAGAACACAGCAGUGAACACGUUGUUGACAAGAGUACAGGCCACUGACCCUGACAUGGGUUUGAACCGGAAGGUGAUGUACUCUUUCGUGGACUCUGCCAAUGGUCAGUUCCAGGUGGAUGAGAACUCAGGCAUAGUCAGCCUGGCCAAGGCGCUGGACCGUGAGGCGCAGGCGUCCUUUAACCUGACCAUCCGUGCGACCGACGAGGGAGCUCCGCGACGCUCCUCCACUUCGUAUCUCAUCAUCUCCGUCUUGGAUAUCAAUGACAACCCACCAGAGUUUGAGUUUGCAGAAUAUGCCAAGAACGUGUCCGAGAGCACUCCGAUAGGGUCCCAGAUCAUAAAUGUGUAUGCGGUGUCGAAAGACGUAGGGCCCAACGCGGAGAUCACGUAUGAGAUCAUUAGCGGUAACGAGCACGGCAAAUUCGAAAUCGGCUCGUACUCAGGCAAGAUCACGAUUGUGAAUACUCUGGAUUAUGAGGCAUCCCAAGGCUACUACCUGACAGUGAAGGCGAGCGAUGGCGGCAUGCCCACACUCAGCGACAUCACAACCGUUAGCAUCAACGUUACCGAUGUCAACGACAAUGCCCCUGAGUUCAGCAUGCCCAUGUACAGUGCCUCUAUCAGUGAAGAUGCUCACACAGGAGACAGUGUUAUUCAGGUGAUGGCUACAGACAGAGACAGUCCACCAAAUGCUCAAGUGACCUACACCAUUGUUCGGGGUGAUUCCAAAGGCCAGUUCAACAUCGCACCCAAGCUUGGCAUUGUUACUGUCAGCGGAGCUCUGGACAGGGAGGAGAUUCAGGCAUACUCACUGACAGUACGUGCAAAGGACAGCGGUGCUUCACCACGCUACAUGGACGUUGUGGUGAAUGUCGACGUCUUGGACAUCAAUGACAGCCCACCACAGUUCUCACAGGCCAACUACAGUGUGUUUGUGCAGACCUGUUCUAAGGGGAUGGAGUGCCAGUUCCCCCAGGGUGGAAUGGAGAGCAAGCCCAUUGGUACAAGCAUCCUCAUGUUCACAGUCAAAGAUUUUGAUGCUCCACAAAAUGGACCCCCGUACACCUUUAGCAUCAUCAGUGGUAACCAAGGCAACGAGUUCCACAUUGACCGCAGUGGCAUCCUUCGCACGUCCGUUGUCUUCCAGUCUGACAUGCGGCGCAAGUACAACCUACAAGUCCGAGUGGCUGACGCAGGAACGCCGUCCCUCUAUGGCUAUACCAACGUGGUUGUGGAGGUGAUAGAGGAGAGCAUGUACCCACCAGUCGUGACACCCCAUCAGAUCUCCAUCAGUUCCUUCAGGGAUGACUUCCCUGGAGGUGUCAUUGGCAAGCUGCAUGCCACCGACAACGACAUGUACGACAAGCUCACCUACAGCCUGGUCUCCAACAACAAGCGGCUGUUUGGCGUGAACCCCAACGACGGAAAAAUCAUCGCCCAACCGGGAUUGGACGUCGGCGAAUACAUUCUAAACAUCAGUGUCAGCGAUGGCAAGUUCAUCACGGCUGGAGAAGUCAGCGUGACGGUGAAGCUCGUCACCGAUGAAAUGCUUCGCAACAGCGUGACAGUAAGGUUCGCCAACAUCCAACCUGAGGAGUUCUUGUCCUCAUACCAGAAGGAGUUCUUCCGCACGCUGCGCAGGCUGCUGAAGGUGAAGAACAAGAACAUCAUAGUUGUCAGUAUGCAGCCUGUCGAUGGCAACCUUGAUGUUCUGUUCUGCAUAGAAACCACAACUAAAGGCUCUCAGAAAGAAGACUACUACAAAGCUACAGCCUUGCGCCGUGAGCUAAACCAAACAGUGAUGGACAUUCAACAGAAUGUUGGCCUUAGUGUGCUCCAGAUCAUCAGCGAUUCUUGCUCACACAACAAGUGCCCAGUGGGAGCGUGUAGAGAUAUCUUGAAUCUGGACAUCCACGCCAUUGCUGCCAUCAGCACAGCGAAAAUCAGCUUUGUUUCACCGCGCCACAUGAGGGACUACGAAUGCAAGUGUCCUGGUGGUUUGAUCGGGAAGGACUGUAACCCAUGCAACAGCAACCCCUGCCCGAGGUAUAAGAUGUGCCUGCAAGAUCCCAAGUCCAUCGAAGGCUUUGAGUGCGUCUGCCCAGACGGCACCUCGCCACCAAACUGCAACCAGCUGCCGUUUGAUGACAAGGGCCCGAUGACAUUCGGUGGGAACAGCUACAUCAGGUACACCCUGGCCAACAGUGUGGACCAGAUGUCUACCCAAUUGUCCCUCGCAAUUCUUCCCAGAAGCCCCAAUGGAAAGAUCAUGUACGCUCGGGGAGAGUACGACUACAGUAUUCUUGAGUUGAUCAAUGGGUAUCUGCAGUACAGAUUCAACUGUGGUAGCGGUGAGGGGAAGGUAACCAUGGAAUUUGGGGGGUCAGAGGUCACUGAUGGCAAGUGGCACUAUGUGGAGGUUUCUCGCAACGGUGCCUACGCCGAACUGAAACUUGAUCACAAGUACAUAGCAAGAGGCAGUGCCGCUGGCGAGAACAAAAUCCUGAACUUGGAUGACAACGACAUCUACUUUGGCGCAGAGGUGGCCAACAGGCUGCGGAAGAAGCGUGCGGCAGUCGUCAGUAAUGGUUUCCUUGGCUGUAUGGAUGACAUGAUGUUGAAUGGGGAAAGGUUGCCACGUGCAGGAGCAAACAGUGUUGCAACUUUGAGGGACAUGACCGAUGUUGAUUUCAAUUGCAAUGAUGGGAUGGAGACACUAGGCGUGUGCGGCAGCAACCCGUGCAUGAACGGUGGGAGUUGUGCUGUGGUUAGUCCGUCCAAUAGAUACAUCUGCAACUGCCUUCCGCGAUUCAGUGGCGACAAUUGCCAGAUCGACACACAACCAUGUAACUCCAACCCAUGUAAGAAUGGGGCCCGCUGCAAGAAUUUGUUGAAUGACUUCAAGUGUGAAUGUCAGCGAGAAUGGUAUGGCAAGCGUUGCGAACACUCUACCUCAUGUAACUGCUUUAACGGGGCGACCUGCUUGGACACACCAAGUGGAAAGACCUGCAGCUGCCCGGAUAACUUCACGGGGGAAAAAUGCCAAGAGGACGUCAACGAAUGUUCGCGCAAUCCGUGCCAAAACGGUGCCACUUGCCACAACACCGAGGGGUCCUAUUUCUGCAACUGCACUGCUAACACCAAUGGCCUUCACUGUGAGAACAUCAUCGAGAUGAUCAUGCCCAAAAUUGAGUCCAACAGCAUCAACAUCGGACUGGAGGAGAUAAUCGGCAUCAUCUGCUGCAUCAUCUUCCUCCUCUUGCUAGUCAUCAUCUUCGUCAUGGUCCGCAGGUGCAGGCAGAGGAGGAAACGUAAUCCUCAUAUGAGCGACAUCGUCGCCACCGGUGGCGACCCAAACGGAAUCAUGAUGACAGAGAAGAGGGAUGACUACCACCGCGAUGCCAAAAUGGUCCACAUCGACACCAACCUGGACGACUACAGACCACCGCUGCCUGCCAGACCCAUCUCCUACACACCUAGCCUUUGUGGGAACUCACUGAAUAAUCUGAGUGACGGGGCGAUGGGUGCCGAGGUGGAGCCUGUGUUCUCCUCCAGCACGGACAUGCUGGCCGUCAGAAAUAAGAACCCUGCCAUUGUGUGCAGCGUCGCACCAACGUUACCUCCACCCCCGCCUUCCAACUCAGCAUCAGACAGUGACUCCAUUCAAAAGCCAGCUUGGGAGUUUGAGUGUCCCAACGUUGUUGAAGGAUAUGUAGAAAGGUACCACUGGGACUGUUCUGAUUGGAUGCCCAGCAGUAACCUGCCCAAUAUCACAGAAGUGCCAAUGUGUGAGAUGCCAGACUCCUCCUCCUCCUCCAACAACCACAGCCUCCCCCACCCACAUCCUCACAACCUCCACUACGACCCCAACGUCUACAGCGACGGUUACCAAGGCGACCCCAGCGACUACACGGACCACGAGUACGUCACCCAGUAUCCCGAUGACGAGUACGGUGCUGGGGAGAGCGACUUCCCUCCGCCGCCAGACGAGAACUAUCUACAGUACCCAGACGACUAUCAGGAUGGGUUUGCGCCGAUCCAGCCUCCCUCCAACAUGCCCGUCCCCGAAGGCGACCACAUGUACCGCCCGCAGCACUACCACCCCAACCAGUACCUCCCCGCCCACCACCUAUCCGACGACCAGAUUCCGAUGACGGAGCAGGAAGACCAUGACUACGUCUACCCGCCCAGCUACCAGGAGUCGAUGAGCCAGUUGCCGCCCGGAUACGAUGAUUACGGCAAUGGUAGCGAGUAUAAUGCGGACUAUGAACAAUCUAACAUCGACGACGUCUCUGUCUCCAUGUACACCACGUCUAACGCGUCAGUGUCAGACCUGUCGGGGGCUGACAUGGACGAGAGUGAGGUUGCACUGAGUGACUACGAGAGUGGCGGUGAGGGAGACAACGAGGGAAGCCAGGGUAACACGCGAAGCAUGCCGCAAAACGACUUGCACACGGAAGUCUGACACUCACAGCAAGUUGCUUAGCUACACCAAACUGGUGUAUCAUGGUGUAAAUGUAGCUUUGGACAAGUGCCUGUACUGUAUAUUUGUAGUUUGUGGUUAAAUAAUGUAUGUACAGUUUUUGGACUUCAAAAGUCACCUAUAAUGUGUAAAGAUGCUGAUGAGAUGGUAGUGAUCUUUCAUCAGUAGUCCGUAUUUUCUUAUGGCAAUCAUAUCAUAUAAAGACUUUUUAGGAAAAUCCAGCAUUCGAAAAAAUAUGUGUAUGUACCAAUGUUUUACUAGAAAGUUGUACCAAAGAUUUCCUUGUAGUGGAUGGUAGUUUUGAUUGAUCGUGAGUCAGAAGAUAAAAAGUUUUAAGACGUCUCUUACAAGGAAGCCUUCAUUAAUCAAGGUACACAACUAUUUAAGAAAAUGAUGCGGCUUUACUGUUGGUAUUGUAGAUUGUAAGUAGAUGCAAUUUGUUCCCAGUCUGCCAACAGACAAGGCAGUGAACAUUGUAACAAGUAUGGUUUUCUUAUCUGUGUAAGUUGGACAAGUUGUUCACUUCAGUUGGUCGGGUGCUAUUACUAAAUAGUCGACACCCCCAGCUUUUUAUAUGGUGCUGCAUUUCAGUAUUGUAGUGUUGAUUGUGAUCCCUCUAACUGCCAGCUUCCUUGAAAAUCUGGACUGUACGAAAUCAUUCUAUUUUCAGCAAUAAAUAUUUUAUACCAUUGACGAAAACAAAACAUCCUACGUAACCCAGCUGCUUUGUAAAGUGAGUAGUUUAUUUGAAGUAGUUUUUAGAGUGUGUGCAGCUUUUAUAUGAUUUUCAUGUCGUUUUUGUCCCCUUUGUGUUUGUAUCGUUAAAAGUCAACCCAGUGGUGGUACUUUAGGGCCUCCAACGGGAUGUGCAAGUUGUUAGCAAUGUCUUGGAUUUUGAGUUGCAAGAUCAACUGUUGGCAGCAUUUUUUUCUCUUCCAAGUGAAGAUGAGUGUUAUCGAAUGGUUAUGAUGUGUAUAUUUUUCCACAUUUGGGAACAGUAGAAAAGAUACAUCCUUAGAAGAUUGUAACAUGUAUUGUAACACUCCCGGCUUGUUUACAAUCUGCCCUCUUUUAUCAUAAUGCCACAAGUAAAAAUAUCGCUUGCAGAGAAAACUUUCAAACUAGAAUAGUUGUCCAUUUUCUCAGUAAUUUACAAAUGAAGUCAAAUUUUGAUGUAUAUUUUGUCCUGAAGACCACAAGUGUAGUUCUCAUUGUAAAAAAUACUGGUCCUAGUUGAGUUUUCCUGAAGGUCAUUUUGAUGGAAGUGACUUGUAAGAAGGGCAGAAAACACUAUUUGUAAAUUCAAAAUAAAACGUCUUCAGAUCAUCAGAGUAUUACGACUUUUGUAUUUUCUACAUUAAAAUUGUUGAAAAGAUG